AUGGUCGCCCUCUUCGUUCUCCGCAGCGUGGCCAACAGCACCUGCGUGGCCAACAGUAUCCGGCGUGUGAUGAUCGCUGAGGUGCCGACGCUGGCCAUCGACUGGGUGCAGCUGGAGGCCAACUCCACUGUGCUGUGUGACGAGUUCCUGGCGCACCGGAUCGGUAUGAUCCCGCUCACCUCUGACGAGGUGGUCGACAGGAUGCAGUACUCCCGGGACUGCACGUGUCCGGACUUUUGUCCGCAGUGCAGCGUCGAGUUCACGCUGGACGUCAAGUGCAACGAGGGCCAGACGUUGCACGUGACGACGGCCGACCUCAAGUCGUCCGACAGUCGCGUGAUGCCGGCCACCUCGCGGCGCGACGAGGACGGCGCCGACUAUGGCGACUCGGACGAGAUCGUGAUCGUGAAGCUGCGGAAGGGCCAGGAGCUGAAGCUGCGGGCUUACGCCCGUAAGGGCUUCGGCAAGGAGCACGCCAAGUGGAACCCGACCAGCGGCGUGGCGUUUGAGUACGAUCCGGACAACGCGCUGCGCCACACGCUGCUGCCCAAGCCCGAGGAGUGGCCCAAGUCGGAGCACACCGAGGUGGACGAGAGUCUACACGAGGCGCCGUACCAGGACGGGGCGAGCCCCAACAAGUUCUUCUUCAACGUGGAGAGCACGUCGGCGCUGAAGCCGGAGAACAUCGUAAUGACGGGACUGGCGCAGCUCAAGAAGAAGCUGAGUGACCUGCAGACGCAGCUGACGCAGGAGAUGAACCAGAACACUGACGCGCUUACCAUUCACUGA